AUGACAGAAUUUAUAAUUACUGUAAACAAGACAAUAUUGAUGGAGUUCUUGCUGUUAGGAUUUUCAGAUAUUCCUGACUUAAAACCUUUCUUGUUUUCCAUGCUUCUUCUUGUGUAUAUGAUGACACUAGCAGGAAACGGAGCAAUCAUCAUGGUAACCAGUUUGGAAAAGAGCCUCCAGAAGCCAAUGUAUUUCUUUCUAUGCAACCUGUCGAUACUUGACAUAUGCUACACUUCAACCACCAUGCCUAAAAUGUUACAGACUCUUCUAACAGAAAAUAACUCUAUAUCAUUUAAUGGGUGUGUGACUCAGAUGUAUUUAUUUGUGACCUUUGUGGGCACUGAGUGUGUUCUCCUCAGUGUUAUGUCAUUUGAUCGCUUUGUAGCUAUAUGUCGCCCUCUGCAAUAUUCUGGGAUUAUGGGACCUAAAUUUUGCAUUAAUUUGGCAAGUAUUUCCUGGUUAUGUGGCUUUAUGAAUUCUUUAGUGCAUACUGUCUUCACUUUUCGUUUAAAUUUCUGUGUCUCCAAUAGGAUAAAUGAUUUCUAUUGUGAUAUACCUCCACUCCUUUCACUUGCCUGUGAUGAUACAACUGUUAAUGAACUUUUGCUAUUGUCCAUUGGAGUUUUUAUAGGGUGGACUCCAUUUCUCUGCAUCAUUGUAUCCUACAUAUACAUUAUCAUAACGAUUAUUAAAAUCAGCUCUGCUAAUGGUAGAAAAAAAUCUUUCUCUACUUGCACAUCUCACCUUACAGUAGUUAUUUUAUAUUAUGGGAGUGCAAUCUUUAAUUAUGUAAGGCCGGUUUCUACUUACUCAUUAGGCAAAGACAGACUAAUAUCAAUUUUAUUUAGCAUUGUAACUCCUACAUUAAACCCACUGAUAUACACUUUAAAGAACAAAGAUGUAAUAAAAGCAAUGAAGAAAUAUGUUCUUUAA